CCUAUAUAAACUCCAUUAUUUCACCAUUCUUCUUCAAUAUCUUCACUUCCAAUCGAUAAAAGUAGCUAUGAAGAUCCCCACCAUUGAUUUCAAACAGCUCAAUGAAGACAACAGGGGAAAUACUCUCUCUAUCCUUCAUGAAGCCUGCCAAAAUUGGGGCUUCUUUGUAGUAGAGAACCAUGGGAUUGAAGAAAGGGUAUUGGAAAAGGUGAAGCUGUUGGUAAAUAAACAUUAUGAUGAGAAAAUGAAAGAAGAGUUUUAUAAUUCAGAUGUGGCCAAAAACUUAGGUAAAAUCACAUUAUCUAAUGUGGAUUGGGAAAGCGCCUUCUUCAUUUCCCAUAAACCAACCUCUAACAUCUCACAGGUUUCCAACACCUCACAACCCCUUUGCUAUGAAAAAAUGAACAGCAAAGCAAUGGAAGAAGAGUACAUUCCUGAGAUCAUAAAGAUAGCGGAGAAGCUUUCGGAGCUAAUGUGCGAAAAUCUGGGGUUACAAAAAUCCCACAUUAAGCAACUAUUCAACGGAACCAAUGGCCCAUCCGUCGGAACGAAAGUUGCCAAAUACCCAGAAUGCCCUCAGCCGGAUUUGGUCAGAGGACUCCGGGAGCACACUGACGCCGGCGGAAUCAUCCUCCUUCUCCAAGACGAUCAAGUCCCCGGCCUGGAGUUUCAAAUCGACGGCAGAUGGUUCAAAAUCCCACCGUCCAAAAACAAUGCCAUUUUCGUCAACAUCGGCGACCAAAUUGAGGUCCUCUCCAAUGGCAAAUACAAGAGCAUUUUGCACCGCGUUUUGGCUGAGAAACACGGUAGCAGGCUGUCCAUUGCUACGUUUUAUAAUCCGGCGACGGACGCUCUGAUUUCUCCGGCGCCGGAGCUUUUGUACCCUGGCGGCUACCGAUUUGGAGAUUAUUUGAAGUUUUAUAACACUACGAAAUUUGGGGAUAAAGAGAAGAGGUUUUUAGACUUUCAGUCCAUUAACAAAAUGUGAGUGUCACGUGCGGAGGAUGUGAUUUCUUUUCUUCUUAAAUUAAUGUUGAAACCUCGAAGUGAAGAUAAAAUGUUUCAUUUUAAUUCUCUAAGGUUUAAAGCCAUGAGUUGUCAACUAGUAAACAAUAUGUGUUAUUGACUACUAAAAUAAAAUUUGUGAUUGGAAUGUCUUACAAA